GGAGAGAAGCGGGAGGGAAGCGAGCCGGGGCGUAGAGGAGGAGCUGAGAAGAGACGGGCAGGGACUCGGCGGGGCCGGGAGCUGACGGCCGCCGGAGCGGGCGGCGGCGGGGGCAGGUGCGGGAGCUGCCUUCAGCCGCAGGGCGGCGGCCGCCCGCGGGGCGGGGGGCUCGGCUCGGCGCCCCCGGGCAGCGGCGGCCCCCGGGCCCUAUGGUGCCGCGGCGGGACCCGGCUCCUGCUCGCCGCCUUCCGAGGGGGCAAGCGGAGCCCAACGGCGCUUGGCUGGCAUGAGGAACCUGCCGAUCCUCCUCCUCCUCCUCCUCUGCUGGAGCCUGGGGCCGGUGAAUGGUGUCCAUCCAGAAUGCAGAUUACAUUUGGAGAUUCACAAGGAGGAAACAAGGUGCAUGGAACUUCUAAAGAAUGCCAAACCAGUGGACUACAAAGGAUGUGUUGGAGUUUGGGAUAACAUCACUUGUUGGCGUCCUGCAAAGAUUGGAGAGACUGUCACUGUCCCUUGCCCAAAAGUAUUUAGUUUUUAUUCUGGAAAACCAGGAAAUAUUAGCAAAAAUUGUACGAGUAAUGGAUGGUCAGAUAUUUUUCCUGACAUCUUCAGUACUUGUGGAUAUAAUGACUAUGAGGAUGAGUAUAAGGUCAACUUCUAUGUAAGGGUGAAGGCAAUUUAUACCCUUGGACACAGCGUAUCUCUGAUUGCUCUUACAACAGGAAGUAUAAUUCUUUGCCUUUUCAGGAAACUUCACUGUACUCGGAACUACAUCCAUCUGAACCUGUUCCUGUCCUUCAUUCUAAGAGCAAUCUCUGUUUUAGUCAAGGAUGAUAUUCUCUAUUCCAGCUCCAACACUGCUCCCUGUGCAGAGGAUCAAACCUCAUGGGUGGGCUGCAAGGCUAUUUUGGUAUUUUUUCAGUAUGGCGUUAUGGCAAACUUUUACUGGCUAUUAGUUGAAGGACUUUACCUCCACAUCCUCCUUGUGCUAAUAUUCUCCCCUAACAGACACUUCACAGUCUAUCUGCUGAUUGGAUGGGGAAUUCCUACCAUAUUCAUUAUUACAUGGACAGUGACACGGAUUAUUUUAGAGGACACUGGUUGCUGGGAUACAAAUGAGCAUGGUGGUCCCUGGUGGGUUAUACGAAUACCAAUUUUAAUUUCUAUUAUAUUGAAUUUUAUACUUUUCAUCAGUAUUAUAAGAAUCUUACUGCAGAAGUUAAGAUCUCCAGAUGUUGGAGGAAAUGACCAGUCACAGUACAAGAGACUUGCAAAAUCCACAUUGUUGCUUAUUCCAUUAUUUGGAGUUCACUACACAGUGUUUGCUCUGUUUCCUGAACGCACUUCCGGCACUUACAAAAUAAUCUUUGAGUUGUGUUUGGGAUCUUUUCAGGGAUUGAUUGUUGCAGUCCUGUAUUGUUUUUUGAACAGUGAGGUACAAGGAGAGCUGAAAAGAAAAUGGCGGAGUUUGUGCUGGAAGCAGACAGCAGGCAGAGAUUACAGACUCCACAGCUCUUCAAUUUCUCGAAAUGGAUCAGAAAGUGUAUCUCAGCUCCACCGGAAUUCAAGGGCUCAGUCAUUUAUGCAGACAGAGACCACCAUGAUCUAAGUCAACUACGUCCCCCCAAACAUGCAAAAACCGUGGGUUAUAUCAUUUGUUAUAUGCAGCUUGAUGUGGUAUUUUCUAAAAUGUAAAAUUUAGUGCUUUGCUUUUCUACAUGUUGGUAUUUGGGAAAUUAGUUUGUGCAGCCAACCAGGUAAUAACAUAAACACCUGCCCCAUGCAUGUUUCCUGCUUUUUUUUUUCUUUUUUUUUCUUUUUUUUUUUAUGACUUUCACAUUAAUUCUGAUGUUCUCUUGCCAUUUACUAGCCAUAACUAUACAAAAACUCAUUUGCUGUAAUGGUCCCUUUUCCCUCCAACCAGUCUAUGAGACAGAUGUGUGGGAUCCCAUUCAAUGCAGACUACUUUGGUACAUGUUGAAAAGGUUAUGAUGGGAAGCAGGAAAAUUUCUUACAUUAUAUUUAUACUUGCGGUAGCAUUUAUUUCCUUAAGGACCAGGAAAUUCCUUCCUAAUUAUGGAAAACAAAAGAAAAAUGUAAGGCUAUAAUUAACUACACUGAGACUUUAAUGUGCUAAUCUAGGAAAUAAUUAACAUCAUACAGAAAGGAAAAAAAAAAAAAAAGAAAGAAAAAAAAAAGAAGAGCAGUGCUUCUUGGCUAAUUGUAUGAAUUUCAAAGAUGAUGUUCCACAGAGUUUGAUUCCUAUCCUGUUGUCCCUUCUGAAAGUUGCUGGUUUUUAUGUUUUGGCGCAGAAAGUAGGACUACCUUUACAGUCCACACAGAAAUGGCUACUGUAAUAGUUUUGAUUAAAACAUCAGCAUUUGCCAAUAGUGCUGUUGUAAUCACCAGUUGUACUCUUCUGUUUAAAAUCAAAGAGAUUUGUGUUGAUCUUUUAUUAAACAAUUUUCUGAAGAGGUACUUUAUUGCUAGAGCAGUCUGGCAUAGGACAAAUAGCCUUGGAUCACAUUACCCAUUGGAAGUAUCAUUUUUAUAUAAUAGUUUCAUUGAAGUAUAUCUCUAGAACUACAUACUUGGCAGCUAAAACAAGGAAUAUUGUAAUAAAGAUAUAACUCCCGUUUAAGGAAUAAUACAAGUUUUUUAAGCUUAAUACUAUUCUUUAUCUAUCUAAGCUGAUUCAGUCCUGCCCAUGACUCCAGCAAAAAUAAAUAAAUAAAUAAUCACAAUCCAUAAAAAAUACUAUAAAGGGCAUAAAUAGAAGGAAUUCUUAACAACACCAAACCUCUUAUGUUGCCACUUUCUAAAAGAAGGUGUAGAACUGAUAAGUUCUUAGAAAUACACAUGGAACAUUUGCAGUCUUAAAAGAAAUAAACCCAGUGAUGUUUACUUCUCAUGUCACGCUUCACCAUGUCCACUCUAAGUAACAAGUGGGAAUAAUGUACAUUUGCAUGAGUACCUCUGAUUGAUAAAAGCAAUUCCACUGAUAUUUCGGAUAAUGGAUCAUAGGGAGCCAGCAGAAUCCAAGGUCAAUAAUAUUGCCAGGGAAGGGGAAGAAUGACAGCAAGAGUAUGUCUUGGCAGUCAUACACGUACACUCCUGAACAUACUAACAAGACUGAGAAUAUUGUUGGCAGCCAUUAAAAUGUCUGUACACCUCUUGCUCUGAUUUAAUUUAGCUAUUUAUCUGUCAAACACAAUUUAUUUUUGAUGGGGUUACCCUGGAGUGAUACAUUGUUAUGUCAGAUCAAGGAGAGUAAAUGCUCCGUGACUGUCCCAUGGGCUGCACUCAUGAGUGUUGCAUGACACCAACCUCCAUGUAAUAGGUAUUGUCUGGUAUUCUAGGUAUAUCUAGGUAUUGUUACACAAUAAUCAGUAGAUGAGUUGUUACUUUGCCAAAUUUGACUUUAAAGAAGCUAGCAAUCACCUUCAGUUAAUCAGAGUGUUAUAGACUGUCACUUGGUGAGAUAUGAAAUUCUGGAGUGAAUUAGGCUGCCUAAUGGCAAUCCUACAGAGUCAAAAGAUCCCCUUCACCUGUAUUCAAACCACAUAUAUUCAUAUUCCCAAAGGCUUUAGUCUCAGAAACAGCUACUAACCUUUAGGCUUUCUUCCUGGAUCUCUAAAGAACUUUAUCAACAAACUCCGCAAGUAUAUGAAGACAUGUUUGAUCUCUGGGGACUGCUCUUGUACCUCAAUCUACACACUUCAGGCUUCUUUGAAUGAAGUGUCAUUGGGACUGCUCAGCUCCCUGAGAUUUGAAACGCACAUUGUACUUUUUUUUUUUCCUGGAAUUCCUAGAGUGGACAGGUGCACCCACCUGACAAGCAUUCAAACACACUUAUUGUUACGUUCAAAGGAGGUUCUUUGAGUUGACACAGAGAAAGAAAAACAUUAUAGAUAUAGGGACUUAAAGCAUCAGUUCCAUCAGUCUAUACUGCAAGAUGCAUCACCAAUGAUAUGUAUUUAGAAUUCAUUGUAUCCUAGAGAGAACUAUCUCUAUAAAAGCCCAGAAGGCGCUGUGCUUACUUCACUUUACUUCCAGAAAAUUCUGAUCUGCAAAUAACCUUAUGCAAAGUUCCAGCAUCAACCCCAUCAUUAUGGGAUCUGCUUGACUUCCAGCUGCCUUUUCACACACAGGUACACAGUAUAUUAAAAUUUAUGCACAAACUGAAAACCAGUUGAUGAAUCUAGUACUUGAUCAGUGUUUUGCAUCUUUACAAUGCAAAGAAACAAGAUAGAUUCUCAUGGCUUCAUUUUUCAUUUGAUGUUGCACAAAACUGGAGUUAAAUGGUCCUGCUUUGUGCUGUGGUACUCUGAGGUCAAAAGGAAAAUACCAUUCAGCCCUCUGUCAUCCCUAAACAUAAUUCUUAGGCAGGUAUGUGUUUUGCUCACAUGGCCUUGUCACUUAGUUCUCCUGCUCAUCAUUAUUCCUUUAUUGCCUUUCUCCCUUUGGUGGAAGGGUCCAAACUGAGUCAUAAAGUCUUCAGAGCAGGAAAACUAUUUGUUUGUUUGUGCCCAUUAAAAAGCCAUUGACCGGCUUUGAAUGGUGGCACCAUUCAUUCUAAGUGAUUUGUAUCAGCAUUAUCUGCUGAUGAUCCAUGAGGAACAGUGACAGAUUACUCUUCAGUUGCUAACCGUGAACAAAAUCCAAAUAUACAGGGAGUUGACCUAAAUUUUCCUUUUCAGAAUCGACGAUUUCAUCUAGGUGCUUGAUAAACUCAGGUGAGAUUCAUCUGUCCUGGUUUAGGUAUCUAAAAGGUAUAUAUCUUUUUCUGAGCUAAAGACUCUUUUUUAAAGUGCCUUCUGUAGUCUUCAUAGAGAAAUAGGCACUAGUUGUAAAUGCUUCAUCCUUUGUUCAGUUGCUCAAGCACGUAAACUAAACCACCUUUUUCUCUGUACUUACUAUACAAUGAGAAUAGAAUAGAAUAGAAUAGAAUAGAAUAGAAUAGAAUAGAAUAGAAUAGAACAGAACAGAACAGAACAGAACUUAUAUUUCUCACUUCACAUCUACAGUUAGGUUAAACAGAGCUCUCCAGAAGAGGCCAUUCAGUUACGUUGAUAGUAGAUGAUACCUAAAUACUGAUUUUUAAGCUAAAUAACUUGGUUGGUCAAAGUUAUCUUUCAAAAAUGUGAUUCUAAAGUUCAAGCAAUGGAGGAUCCCUCAGUUCAUUUGGUGGGAUGUCCCUGUGGUUGACUGCCUUACAUGAUAAAACCAAUGGCCUUCUGUCUUGUUUUGAUUUGCCUGGCUUCAACUUUCAGUUGUUUCCUGUAUUAUGUUAGGUGUUUGGCUUUUUGUCUUUUGUAGAGGGGUCAUACACCAAAACAAAGUGCUCUUGAAUACCAGAAAUUUUCUUUAAGUGAAGUCUUUUGAAUCAUUGCUGAAAUCAAGUCUUAAUUCCCCAAGAAACUAAACAUGUAAAAUCUCUAAAACCCUGACUGCAAGGCAUUUUCUCAUUUUUUUCCUGUUUCUCUUCUGUGCCACAUUCAAUUUGUCAUGGUUUCAGCCACAAGAAGGUGGAAGUAUUGCAGUAUAUCCCUUCAGGAGUGCACACACCGUUGACCACAUUUCUCGCUCCCACUUGCAGUUCACCUGGUCAUACCAUUACAAUCUGUGUAUAGUCAUUUCAGCUGCUGACCAGGAACUGGUUAAUGGUAUAAAGUGAAAACAUUACUGGCCUUUUUUUUUUUUUUUUUCUAUAUAUAGUAAUAACUUGUUUAAAAUAUGUUGACCUUGGAGUCUGGCUUAGGUGCAGUAAUGUGCUUUGCAAAAUAAGCUUAGGAUUGUGGAAAGCAUCCUUUUAGCCACUGAGAGCUGUGAUGGCUUUCAUGACAUUUUGAGUUAGACAUAUUUAAGUACUCCAUUCUGGAGUUCACAUGAGCCCAACAGAUUGCACCCGACCAGGGUGGUGAUGAGUGCUGCACAUAGCCAGCUGAGGAACUGCUCAGUUUAAGCAUAUGUUGGAACUGUACUUUAGUGGCAGUAACUUACUGGUGGCAAAAGGUGAGAAAACACUUUACAAAAAUCGUUCUAGAGUCAAGUCAGAGGCAGCCUGCCCAUCUGAGCAUUGACUCCACAUCCUGAUACACCCCAAGACCGGCUUCCCUCUGCCUUUAACAUGAUGAAGGGGAAAGCAAGAAUCAGAGCCUCAGCAAACUGGAGAAUGUCUGACUGCUUAUGAAAUAAGGCAUUGCUGAGUGCACGGGUCUCACACUCCAAGUGUUCAGAAUGAGAUGAGUCAUUGCCAUUAUUUGUCUCCUAUUUUUGUGAGUCCUAAAAAACUUUUCCUGUUGACUUUCGAUUUGUCCAUUUUAGCAGUGAUCGUGAGUAAAGUCCAACUCACUUUCCACAGGUUUUGUUCAGACAUCUUUAAAAAAAAAUAAGCAUUAAAUAUGCCUGAUUAAAAAGUAAAACUGGCAAGUAACCUGCAGAGAAGGCUUCUGUGUAUGUAAGGGUUAUUGCCUGAGCAAUUGCUGUCUGCGAUACAGGAAGACCUUUUACUAAUGAAGUACCUUCACACUACCAUGAGUGCCUAUAUAAGCUGUGGGCUGUCAGUACGACUCUGAUAUAACCAAAUAGCAGAAGUUAGUACACAGUGCUAUUCUGUUGAGUAAAAAAAAAAAAAAAAUUGAAUAAAAAAAGUAUGGAAUUAAUGAUGAUGAUAAUAAAUUCUGAUCUGUUAUAGGAUUACAUCAACACAACAUUUAAAAGAGCAUUUUUUUAUAUGGUUUAACCAUUCUGUGUUGAACCUGGUUCUGCCCAGCAUGUAGUUAAAUCUAAGUUGGUAACACUUCCAUUGUCAGCUAAACCAGUGACUGAAAUGUCCCAAACACCUUUAUUUCCCAAAGCACUGUAGUGAAUUUCUUAUAAUCUGCGGCUUUUUUUUCUCCUGGAGCAUCAAUAUGAGCAUUGUUUUGAAAUUCUCUUUUGUUGUCUUCAUAACUUUUUAUCUGUCAAGUUCAGUAAAAAUUAAAGAUGAUGUAAAUGAAUGUGAUUAUUUUUUACAAAUUGUACAGACUAUGAUGUUGUAUAGAUUAAUGUGUGUAAAUAGAUUUCCUUUUCAUACUGUAAUUCACCAUACAUUUCCUCUGAUUUUGCUUUUUUGUUCUUUUUUGUUUUCGGUUUUUAAUGUCACAUACCUAACAGCCUUUUCUGUGAUGUUGUAUAUAAAGCUGUGAACAAAUAAGCGUUUACAUCUUUAUGCUAUCGGUGAUAAUAGUAGUUAAUAACACAUAAUGGACUGAAGAGGAAUCAGAGAAUAAAAAUUUUAAAGGUUUUGCACA